UCUAUAUUUGUCACAGACUCUCACUUCACUCUAUUCGAUUCGAAUCGCGAGAAUUCAUCAUCAUGGCCAAGAUCAAGAUCGGAAUCAACGGCUUUGGAAGGAUCGGCCGCUUGGUGGCGAGGGUCGCACUCCUCAGUGACGAUGUUGAGCUCGUCGCCGUCAAUGAUCCCUUCAUCACCACCGACUACAUGACCUACAUGUUUAAGUAUGAUACCGUUCAUGGGCAAUGGAAAAAGAAUGAACUCAAAGUAAAAGAUUCUAAAACUCUUCUCUUUGGUGACCACCCUGUUGCAGUUUAUGGCAUGAGGAAUCCAGAGGAGAUUCCAUGGGGUGAGGCUGGAGCAGAGUAUGUUGUUGAAUCUACUGGAGUGUUCACUGAUCAGGAUAAAGCUGCUGCCCACAUGAAGGGAGGUGCAAAGAAGGUUGUGAUUUCUGCCCCCAGUAAGGAUGCUCCCAUGUUUGUUAUGGGCGUCAACCAUAAGGACUACAAGAAAGACAUUGAUAUUGUUUCAAAUGCUAGUUGCACCACUAACUGUCUUGCUCCCUUGGCAAAGGUUAUUAAUGAUAAGUUUGGUAUUGUUGAGGGUCUUAUGACCACUGUCCAUGCUAUGACUGCAACCCAAAAGACUGUUGAUGGACCAUCAAUGAAGGACUGGAGAGGUGGAAGAGCUGCUUCAUUUAACAUCAUUCCUAGCAGCACUGGUGCAGCUAAGGCUGUUGGCAAAGUUUUGCCUGCACUAAAUGGAAAGCUGACUGGCAUGGCUUUCCGUGUUCCAACGGCUGAUGUCUCAGUUGUUGACCUUACUGCAAGGAUUGAGAAAGCUGCCUCCUAUGAUGAUAUUAAAAAGGCUAUCAAGGAGGAAUCGGAGGGUAGUAUGAAGGGCAUUCUUGGCUACACUGAGGAUGAUGUAGUGUCAACUGAUUUCGUGGGGGACAGCAGAUCAAGCAUUUUCGACGCCAAGGCUGGUAUUGCUUUGAAUGGAAACUUUGUCAAGUUUGUCUCUUGGUAUGACAACGAAUGGGGAUACAGUAACCGCGUUGUUGAUUUGAUUCGCCAUAUGGCAUCUGCCUGAGCUAGAGACUGACUAUAUAUCAUCAUCUCAGAUUAGCUUGAGUUGAGUGAGUAGGAUAGGGCCAAUAAAUAAAUAAGAGACAGAGGUGGGUUUCAGACACGGUGAAACCACCUGAGUUUAGUAUUGUAUUACGGAUUUUAUUGUUUUUUCACUUCAAUAAUGUUAUUUGAUUGCUGAA